AUGGGUCUCCUGGAGCUGGUGGCCUCAAACAUUGUUUUGCGAAUCGUUCGUUUGGCUAGUGACUUCGUGCUGUUGGGGAUCUUCAACUUCAUCAAGAAGAAAAUUCAGCAAAUGGCAUUCCUGAGGCUUCUGGUGUUGCUGGUCGUCGGUGUUGCGACUGCUGGGGCGGACUGCGGUCCCAAAGACGGGGCGUUUGUGUGUCGGGACGUCUGCGGCGAGGAGGUGAGGGGCGCCGGCGGCUACGGGCACCGCGUGACGUUCGUCGGGGCAAUGCUGUUCUUGGACUGCGUCAGGCAGGCGGACCUCAAGGAGGUGAAGCUGCUGUUGCCGACGGUCUGCGUUGGGUGUCAGGCCGACAUGGAUUGUGUCGUGACGCCUUGGAGGUGGUGCGAGGAAGUCGUGCCACCCGAGCCGGAGGUCUUGACGGCGGCAGUUCUGCCGGUGGUUGAUGAGCCUCGCCCAGUGGCGCUGACGGCCAACCUGGCGGUCGUCCACGUGCCGGCGAGCAAAACGCCUUUUGUGGUUCGGGCGCUGCCCUCAACGCAGCAAAGCGUUGUGGUGGCCCAAGAGGUGCCACAUGUCAUCAAGGCACCGUCGUCAAUGCCGGAGGUGACGGUCAACAUCAAACAUGGUGUUGCACACGUCAAGGCAGACGUGGACCCUUGGACAGCCAUGGUCCUGGUUUUUAUGGGCCUUGGUGGGGCUGGAGCCACAUCUUUGGCUGUCUUUUUGGUUUGGCUUGUCAAGUUCAUCAGGAACAAG